AUGUUUGCAGUAGAAGAGAUUAACAUGAACCCCAAUGUUCUGGGCAACAUGACGUUAGGGCUGCAGGUGUAUAAGACAUGUAACAUGCCUCACUAUGAGGUACAAGGAGCUUUAAAUUUGCUGUCUGAAUCCAGCAUGGCCAUCCCCAACUACAGGUGUCGUGGGCGAUCAGCCUUCAGUGCUGUUAUAGGAUCCUCCUUUUCUGCAAACUCAAUUUUGGUGGCUAAUAUCUUGGGUGUCUUCAGAUAUCCUCAGAUCAGCGCUUUCUCAACUAUCUCCCUAUUAAGCAAUCGAAUCAUGUUUCCCUCAUUCUUCAGGACUAUUGCCAGUGAUAAGGGACAGUCUCCAGGACUGGCUAGGCUUAUUUUGCACUUCGGUUGGACCUGGGUUGGUCUGUUGGCUGUGGACAAUGAUUAUGGUCUAAAGGGAAUUCAGCCAAUCAGGGAAGAGAUAAUAAAGGCUGGAGCAUGUGUGGCCUUCACGGAAUAUAUUCGAUUAUCUCAACCAGACCACAAUGCUCCCCACAUUGUCAAUGUCAUCAAAGAGUCAUCAGUAAAGGUUGUCAUUAUCUUUUCUACGGACAUUGACUUGGUUCCUAUCAUGAGUGAGAUGUUGAAACGGAAAAUCAAAGGAAAGAUUUUUGUGGGUAAUGAUGGUUGGUCAACAUCUAGUUUGUUCUCAGCUGCUACUUUUUCUCAGAUUGUAUCAGGGUCCAUAGGUUCAUUUAUUAACAAUAAAAUGAUUCCAGGAUUCCACGAAUACCUCAGCAAGAUCCGCCCUUCUUUGCUAGAGUCGUGGGUGAACCUUUAUUGGGAGAAUAUUUUCAAAUGUAAGUUUCUUUAUCAGAAAAACACAACUGGUCCAUUGGUAGCCACAGUGGAGGAGUGCACAGGAGCUGAGAGUAUAGACAGUAUGAAGAACAGUUUAAUAUAUAUCAACAGCUUACAAUUUACUCAUGGUUGCUACGCUGCAGUCAACGUCGUAUCCAAAGCUUUGGAAGAACUUGAGAACUGCACAUCAAGUAAAGGAACAUUUUCUUAUACAAGCUGUAAAUACAUUUGGAAUUUUAAUCCAUGGCAGACCAUUGUGUCCUAUCACCAGACCCCUCAUUCUGUCUGCAGUGAGAGCUGUCUCCCAGGUACCAGGAAGGCGGCUAUAAGAGGACAACCUGUGUGUUGCUUUGAAUGUCUCCCCUGUCUACAAGGAGAAAUAUCUAACCAGACAGAUACCAUUGAUUGCCUAAAGUGUCCGUGGGACCAGUGGCCAAAUCCCCAGAAAACCAAUUGUCUACUGAAGCCCAUAGAGUACCUGAACUAUGAGGAUCCAUUAGGAGCAGCAUUGGCAGCGACAAGCAUACUGUCCUCAUCCAUUCCUGUUUUAGUUUUAAGACUGUUCAUCCUCUGUAAGGACACCCCCAUAGUGAAAGCUAACAAUUAUUCCCUAAGCUGUCUUCUCCUGGUGUCCCUGUCUUUGUGCUUCUUCUGCUCUAUAGUUUUCAUUGGAUACCCCCAACCUGAGAAUUGUCUUCUACGACAAGUUGCUUUUGGGUUGGUAUUUUCGCUUUGUAUCUCUUGUGUUUUAGCUAAAACUAUCAUGGUGGUCUUUGCUUUCAUGGCCACUAGACCAGGCAGCUGGCUGAGGAGAUGGACCACGCCUCAAGUGUCCUACAUGAUCAUUUCUACUUGUUUCCUUUUGCAGUUCCUCUUGUGUGUCACUUGGCUGUCACUCGCACCUCCUUUCCCUCAGUACAAUACUCAAACCAAACCUGGACUCAUCAUUGUUGAGUGUAAUGAGGGAUCACCCAUUGCCUUCUGGACCAUGCUGGGUUAUCUGUUUCUUCUGGCCACCAUUAGCUUUAUUGUUGCUUUCCUGGCUCGGAGACUCCCUGACAGCUUCAAUGAGGCCCAGUUUAUUACUUUCAGCAUGCUGGCCUUCCUCAGUGUCUGGGUGUCCUUUAUACCGGCCUCCCUCAGUGCUCAGGGUAAAUACAUGGUGGCCAUGGAAAUAUUUGCCAUCUUGGCUUCCAGUUGGGCUCUGGUGAUCUGUAUGUUCCUGCCUAAAUGUUUCAUCAUAGUGUUCAGGCCUGAUAUGAACUCCAGAGAACAUUUCAUGAGAAGAGGCAGAGAAAAGUCUUAA